AUGACCAAAGAAGACGACAUCAAAGGGCUGUACUGGAUCCCGGAAAGUCCCCGAUGGCUGGUAAUGAAGGACCGUUCUGAUGACGCGAAGCGGAUCUUGCUGAGACUCCACGCGAAUCCCGACGAUCCGGACAACACGUUUGCAAACACGGAAUUUUAUCAGAUACACGAGCAAAUAGCCUUGGACCGCCAACGAGAUAGCUCAUGGUGGCAUUUGUUCCGGAAGCCGUCCUACCGGAAACGUUGCCUGAUCGCAAUGGGAACCACGGCAAUCAUUGAAUGUUGCGGUGGACUGGUCAUCAAUAACUACAGACCAAUUCUGUAUGUAGAUCUCGGGUUUAGUCACACCAAACAGCUCCUGUAUCCGGCUGCAUGGCUUACCUUUGCCACGGGUAUGAACGCCGUGGGUGUCUUCAUCGUCGAUUUCUUUCCACCAAACAGACCACAGCGCACCAUGCCACUUCUUCGCUAUGUUGCUCCACUGAGUUACACUAGAUCAGUUACUCUCCCAUAUACGUUACUGCGCGUGGACCGCUUGAACAUGAUCGAAGACGACGAGUACAGGGCAUCUUCCCAGUAUCGAUAUUGGUCGUACACGGAGGAAAAGCUCGCGCAAAUCCGCCAGAGGACGAAUCGGCUGGCAUCGGAGCGUGUCAAGGCCGCAAUUCGAAAGACGGGGGUUCCAAUAUCAGGCUCGAGCGAGAACAACGAGAAUACAUCUGCUGAUCCCGCUCCUGGUGUCCCGACGCUUGCCGCACAGGAGGAGUUGAAGAUUGUGGAAUGGGCUUGUACCAAGAUUUUCGAUAUGGGAGAGGCUAUGAACCCGAGAAUCCCUUCCAGUGUUGUGGCCACCGCGAUUCAAUACCUCCGCCGCUUCUACCUCUCUCACUCACCCAUGAUAUACCAUCCCAAACCGAUCAUGGUCUGCGCUCUAUAUCUAGCCACAAAGGCAGAUCACUUUUACAUGUCUCUUUCCACCUUCGUGUCGGAACUCGACAAGAUGACCGAAGAAGAUGUCAAGGCGCCUGAAUUCCUUCUUCUGCAGGCUCUCCGAUUCACGCUCGACGUGCGCCACCCUCUGAAAGGCCUUCUGGGUGGCCAUGCUGAGAUGAUGGCCAUGGUGCAGGAGGGUCGGCUCGGCAGCAAUGGUCCGAAAGCGACGAAAUUCACAGCAAAAAGGGUCGAGUCUGCUGCCGAUUCGGCAAAGGGACUCCUCACCAGAGCAGCCCAGAUGACGGACGCAUAUUUCCUCUACACGCCCAGCCAGAUCUGGCUAGGUGCCGUGAUGGUGGCUGACAGUGAGCUUACGCAAGUAUAUCUCGAACAGAAACUCAACGAUCUGCCCUUUGACGAUGUAACGGCGGCGACGUUCAAACACAGAGUCUUGACCACGAUUUCGGCAUGUGCGAAGCUCCUUGGUUCCUAUCAUCGCUCGCAGGAAGACUCAUCGGCGCAGCGGAAAGAGCUGACGCGGAUCCGCAAGAAAUUGGACGUGUGCCAUGAUCCAGAAAAGGUGGAUAUUGAUGCCGUCGUCAAGAUCAGGGCUGGGAGAUUGUCCGAAAAGAGGGAUAGCUACGGCAGUGACGCGGAGAAGGCGCUCAAGAAGCGUAAGGUUGCACGGAGCGAAGUUGAAUGA